AUUUAAGAGUGGCUUUUCCUUCUUUUCCAGGUACCCUCAAAAAGUUAUGGAUAAAAUACUUAGUAUGGCCGAAGGCAUCAAAGUGACAGAUGCUCCAGUCCAUACAACAAGAGACGAACUGGUUGCCAAGGUGAAGAAAAGAGGGAUAUCAAGUAGCAAUGAAGGGGUAGAAGAGCCAACGAAAAAACGAGUUAUAGAAGGAAAAAACAAUUCUGCAGUUGAGCAAGAUCAUGCAAAAAUUUCUGCCAAAACAGAACAUGCAUCAGCUCAACAGGAAAACAGCUCAGCAUGUACGGGGUCAUCUACCAAAUCAGAGAGUAGUGGGAACGCCACUCGGAGCUCUGCCCCCUCGAAUCAGAGUAGCUCUGCAAGUGAUGGAGAUCGAUCUGUUUCCCAAAGCAGCAGCAGCAGCGUUUCCUCUCAGGUAACAACGGCAGGGUCUGGAAAAGCUUCUGAAUCAGAAGCCCCAGAUAAACAUGGUUCAGCAUCGUUUGUUUCUUCGUUGUUGAAAUCCAGUGUGAAUAGUCAUGUGACCCAGUCCACAGAUUCCAGUCAGCAAAGUGGGUCACCUAAAAAGAGUGCUUUGGAAGGCUCUUCAGUCUCAGCUUCUCCAAGCAUCUCAGAGAUUGAGGUGCCCUUGUUGGGCUCCUCAGGAAGCUCAGAAGUAGAGUUGCCACUGUUGUCUUCUAAACCUAGUUCAGAGACAGCUUCAAGUGGGUUAACUUCCAAAACCAGUUCAGAGGCAAAUGUUUCAUCAUCGGUUUCUAAAAACAGUUCCUCAUCAGGCACAUCCUUACUAACUCCCAAGAGCAGCACAUCAAAUACAUCAAUGCUGACUUCCAAAAGCACUUCACAGGUAGCUGCAUCACUAUUAGCUUCCAAGAGCAGCCCACAGGCCAGUGGAUCUCUCCUUUCCAAAAGCACUUCCUUAGCAAGUGUGUCCCAGCUGGCUUCUAAGAGUAGUUCUCAGACUAGCACAUCCCAGUUGCCUUCUAAAAGUACUUCCCAGUCAAGUGAGAGUUCUGUCAAAUUCUCUUGUUGCAAGUUAACCAAUGAAGAUGUGAAACAGAAGCAACCUUUUUUCAAUAGACUGUAUAAAACGGUGGCGUGGAAGCUGGUGGCUGUUGGUGGCUUUAGUCCUAGUGUGAAUCACGGAGAGCUUCUAAACGCAGCUAUUGAGGCUCUGAAAGCAACACUGGAUGUGUUUUUUGUCCCACUAAAAGAACUGGCAGAUCUGCCUCAAAAUAAGAGCUCUCAAGAAAGUAUUGUUUGUGAAUUGAGAUGCAAGUCUGUGUAUUUGGGCACUGGCUGUGGAAAAAGCAAAGAAAAUGCAAAAGCAGUUGCAUCCAGAGAAGCAUUAAAGUUAUUUCUCAAGAAAAAGGUGGUGGUAAAAAUAUGUAAGAGGAAGUACAGAGGCAGUGAGAUAGAAGACCUAGUGCUCCUUGAUGAGGAAUCAAGGCCUGUAAACUUACCUCCAGCAUUAAAACAUCCUCAAGAAUUACUAUAAUAUGUGCAGAAUAUCACUGUAUACAGUAUCUGGGUUGGAAGAGAAAAACUGGCUUUUGUAUAAUAUAAACAGGCUUUCACAAAUUUUGUAUUGCUUUUUUCCAGUUUUGCAGAAAAUUUACAUUCUCUUCACACAAGUAGAAGUUGUAAAUAACUUAUGACAGUACACAUUAAAAGAUAUGCAUUAACAGCAUACCAGUAUGCUGUUUUAUUUGCCGAAGAAAAUACUGUCUUCUAUUUUUAAUGAUACAUUAGGUACGGUGUGUAGUUCUCUAGAGUCUUAAAACUUUUGUACUGCUUUUGAUUUGGUGAAAAUGUAUUAAGUUGUCUACCGUGCAUUUUUUUUCCUAGUGGAAUAAACCUCCCACAUCAAGAAAAGGGGACCAUAGUAUUUGAAUGUCUGAAAGUCUGAAGCUUAAGGUUUUAAGAAUGUUGCCCAUAAUGUUGAACGUGUCUGUUAAAAAAAUAAAAGAAAAAAUAGUUGCCUCAGACUAUUUUUAUGAGAAGUUGUAAGCAUUUUUAGAUAUAAAGCAGUUUAAAGUACUUAAGGUUAUUUUAUUCCGAAGUUGUUUAAAAUUCACCAUGAUUUUGACCACUGCAGAUUCUUUAAGUGGGUUAAUAAUUUAUGUUUUGAGGUAAAAUACAAUUUACACUUUUUCUUAAAAGACAUAAAAUGUGGGUUUCUAUAUUAAGCAUAUUUUGUGACUACUGCUAUUAACAGAUUGAUUUGUUUAGAUAUUAAAUGCUUUAAGCUAUUUUACCUUUUCAAGAA